AUGAACUUCUCAUUUCACAAACCAAAAAAAGAUCAAUGUGGUCUUUGCAAGUGUUACAGAGAAGGAUCGGAAGAAGUAAAGGCUAAUUUGGAAAAGGAGUACUUGGCCCAUAUUUUAGAAAAGGAAACGGUAAGAGAAAUAAAGAAUAGCUGCAAAGAAAAAGCUAAAAAUGAUACAAAGGUGCUACGUCUGAUCUCCAACAAGUUAUAUACUUAA